GUUGCCAAUUUCCAUUGUUUCAUUAAAUUUCGUCAUACAGGAGAGACAUACUCGUGACGUCCUGACCUCAAAGCGUCCUUUUCAUUGAAUUCUUUCGUUAAGCGAUAAUUUCCCUUCUCUGUGAUAUCUUGGAAGUCAUCCGUACGAAUCGUUUUCUCGUCUUUGUGGUGGAGGCAAUUACGUAACCUCGUCGUCACUGACCCUGAAGCCUAUUGAAAAAGGCAAGAAAAAGAGAGAGAGAAAUGGAGAAGAGUGGGAGGCUAGAUGUAGAACGUAACGAGGCGACAAGCAAUGGCAUCGCCGCAAAAGAACCAGCAGCAGGAGGAACCGACACUGCUUCGGUACAGCCCACUUAUAAGCAGUUGCCCGACGACGACGUUAACUGGCAGAUCAGAAAUAAUAGUACCAGUGAAGAGAAGACGGAGCCAGUUGCAGAAAUGGGCAAGCAAAAUGGUACAGAUACAGAGCUUGAAGAUGGGGCUCAGGAACGAAUGCUUAAAGAUGAUGUAAAAUUGUCCAUUACACCCAGUAAAGAUCCAUCUGAAGUAAAAUUUAUUCCUGAAAAUGGAGAUGCUAAAAUUGAUAUCGAAACAGUUAAGCAGUCAUUGUCAGGAAUGGGCAAAGCUGAAUUGAUGAAAUAUGCUAAUGAUCCAUUCUGGAUUAAAUUAAGAUGGUUCCUAUUUAUUGCAUUUUGGGUCCUAUGGGCUGCUAUGCUCGCUGGAGCUAUUGCUAUCAUUGUAAUAGCACCAAAGUGCUCUCCCCCAGAACCCAAAAAAUGGUGGGAGGAAAGCCCAAUAAUUAAAUUAGAACCAUCCGAUACAUCUACAAAUGAUUUAAAUGGCUUAGAGUCUUUCCUUGAUGCUCUUGAAGAUCAACACAUAAAAGCAAUUUCAUUAAAUUCAAUCUUAAAAGAAGCUGCACCUGGCCAUACUACAGAUUUCAGGGAUCUUAAUGAAAAAAUUGGACUAAUGAGUGAUUUUCAGAAAUUUAUGAACGCAGCAAAAAAUAAGAAUCAACACAUAAUUUUAGAGUUAGAUCCAAAUCAUUCAUCUGACCAACACCCUUGGUUUUUGAAAUCUAUCAAUAAAGAAGAGCCUUAUACAUCAUUCUACGUAUGGGCUGAUGGAAAAGUAAAUGCUGGUAGUAGAACAUUGUUACCACCAAAUAAUUGGGUUAGUCUAAAUGGAGGUUCGGCAUGGAGUUUUAAUAAGGAGAGAGAGCAAUUCUAUCUUCAUCAAUUUAAUGAAAGUCAACCUGAUCUCAAUUAUACGAAUCCUGCUGUAAUUAAUGCAUUUUCAGAUAUUCUUAAACAUUGGUUAAAAUUAGGUGUAAAAGGCUUUAGACUUUCAAAUACUCGUUAUUUAAUUGAAGAUCCUAGCUUGGCUAAUGAUUCUUUAAGCACAUCUUACCCUGCUAUAUCAGGAUCAUAUGAAUCACUGAUUCAUGUUCAUACGAGAGACCAUGCUCAAAAUUUAAUUGUCCUAAGGCAAUGGCGUGACGUUGUUAUGAAUUACACAAAUGGAGAAGGAUUAUUUGCAUUAAGCGAUGAAGUAGGAUAUGAUCUACAAACAUACAACAAACAAAAGACUUUAGUUGAUCUUCCUCAAAUGGUAAAUUUCCUUGCAAAUAUAGACCCAACUGUCUCAGCUUCAGCUUUAAACAAUAGUAUUUCAAAUGUAUUAGCAUUUUCUCCUUGGCCGGGUAUAGAUCUAAAUGGUAAAGAAGCCAGCUUGAGAAAACGAAUACAUGCAGAAAUAGCUGAUAGCUUAAUUUUAAUGACUAUGCUACUGCCUGCUACACCAAUAUUAAAAAUAAAUGAUACUCUUUCUGCUAAAGAAGUAUUUGCCACACUUGCUAAUGCUCGUCAAAAUUUAGCAUUCCUUUAUGGUGAAACAAAAACUGAUGUUUUAAAUAAUGGAACUGUAUUUGUUUACACGCGGCUUAAAAGUGGAAAUCCUGGAUAUUUAGUAGCCUACAAUAGUGCAUCGUACAAUACAACUAUUGACGUAACUACGUUACCAAAUUUAUCUAAGGAAGUUAAUAUUAUUGCACACAGUCCUAAUUACGUCGAAAAAUUAUCUAAUGCUAAAAAAUUAAUAUCAAAUGAUAUACCGAUGUCUCCAAAAAGUACUUUAGUAGUGACUUUUGUCCCAAAAACUUAAUUAAUUUCCUACAACUAUAAUUACAUCUAAGUAACACUUAUAUAUGUGUAUUAAU